AUGGCGAGUGAGACGGGCUCCCGGUUGGAAGGGGCUCUCGCGGGACCCUGGAUGAAGAGGGAGGCGGCUGCGACUGGGCAGGAGGUGGCGCUGGACUUGCUGGACUUAAUGGAGGUGCUGGAGGUCGUGGCCGAGGAGCAGGAGGAGGGGGACGAGGACGACAGGCAGGCACCGCUAGCCUCGGGUCCCGUGGGGCCUGUGCCCCCUUUGGAGGCGUGGGAGAUCCUUCAGUUGGAGCUGGGAGCCGUGAAUGCCCGAGGAGGCAGGGCUUCUGCUCGGCUCAAGCGGAGGCUGGGACAGACGCAUAUCGCCGUGAUCAGUGCCCAAGAUGAAGACGUGCUUAGCUACAUGACCGACCUGCAGGUAGAGGAACUGGAUCAUUCUACGGAUGGCUGUCGAAUGCUAUUUUGCUUUCGAAAUAACCCAUACUUCCGCAAUGCAGUGAUCAUGAAGCAGUAUCACCUGAGCCUCACUGGGCACAGGGCAUCUUGUUCCAGUAAAAUCCAGUGGUUCUGGGAUGAUGAAGUUCAAGCCCCUUUCCCCACGGAGGACACCAUCAGCCUGAGCUUCUUCGACUGGUUGUGUGACCACAACUGGCCAGGGUCAGACAGGAUUGCUGAGAUUAUCAUCGAGGACCUGUGGCUUAAUCCGCUGAAGUACUACCCCAGGAGGAAGACAACUUGA